UAUGCGUGAGCGCACAUGCUGCACAAAACAAGUAAAGUUUAGCUCUGAGAUAAAUCAAGACAUGUCAUGCUCAGCAUGUGCGACCUUGCACGACUGCAUCUGAGGAAAAUGACUCUCUCACUAGAAAAUCUCUCUCCUCCUUUUCUCUCUGUUUUUUUCAAACACUAUAUCUGGGUUUCCAUACGCAUCCAUCAAUGGUGCUUUUUCAACCUCCUUAGAUACUCUGAUGGAGAAGAGACGUAUAUCUACCCAGAUGAGUGAUCCCAUCAGAAGUAAAGUCAAUCAAGAGUUGGAUGGAAACCAUUGCAAGGGCUCUCCUACACUGGUUUUCUGCUGAACAACCAAAAGCUACAAGCCUCUCAGCAUUUUACAAUUAUUCCUCAAAUGAGACCAUCCUUCCUCAAAAGCCAGUUAUGAAGGCAGAGAGCAGAAAUCCCAGCCUAUUUCGUCCACCAAAACCCAAGCCAAGAUCUCUCCCCCUGCCAAAAUCCUCUCGAGCCUCAAAACCCAGCAAUAAAAGCCUUUCCUCUCUAUCAAAUCUCACCAAACUACCUCAAAGCUUCAAUGCAACCAAGUAAUGUGACAAACCUGCUUCCGCUCCGUCUAUUUAAGAGCAUCGACCAGCCAAUCUGCUUCUCCACAAACUUACUAAAUUUGUUUUUGAAUGUUUAUGUGCAAUCAAAGACUUAUUACUCUUUGUUUACAAAACAUUUUAAUGUUCAAUCACCUUAUCCACCAUCUGUUUAUAAAAAGUUCGCAUUGGUCCUUAAGAUUGUUGGCUGGUUGGCCAUACAAUGGAAGCCCAUCGCUCAUCUAGUCAUCUCAAAGAAGCAGAAACCUGAAAAGUAAUGGAAGCCAUUACAGCCUUUUGAAUUUUGAUCCUUGGCCUGCACCAGAGAUUCACCUCUGAUAUGGAAAUUUAUUCCACCCUUACCAAAUAUGUUCAUAAAAAAACCUGUAAAGCAGGAAAGUGAAAAAAGCUGAGCCUGAAAGUUACCCAAAUUAGAAGUCAAGCUAGUAAACACUCUGAAGAUCUGAAAGCGCCGAAGAACUCAGCAGUCCCUGAGAAGUAACAGAGCAAAGGCUCCGAGUUAACAUACAGAACUACUUUUCUUCUCUCCUUCACCUUCUUUCUUCCCUGCUUUCAUUUCUUCGUCUAAAAUUACUACUGCUGGGAAAAAAGUAUCGACUAAUGGCUGCCAACGGUCGGAACUUCGUCGGAGCCAAUGAGAACCUACCGAUGUUCAAGCAUUUCUUCAAGGUGAUCUGGCCGGAAGCCAUACAGACCAAGAAACUGAUGCUUCCUCAGAAGUUUGCCGUGACUUACAACAACGAGCUUUCUCGCGAGGUGCUUUUGGAAGUUCCGAACUCCAGAGUUUGGCGGGUGAGGCUGACCAGGGAGCGUGGAGACGAAACCAAAGUGUGGCUCCACUCUGGAUUUGGGGAGUUCCUCCGUUUCUACUCCAUCGUCGCUCGAGACUGCCUGAUUUUCAAGUACAAUGGCCGCUCCCGUUUCGAAGUAGUCAUUUGCGACUCCACCGCCUGCGAGAUCGCCUACCCAAAUGAAGAACCUCCGGCAUCUUCCGGUGAAGAUGGCGACAGCUACGACGACUCUGAGUUUGACAGCGACGCUCCCGCUGGAGGAGAAGAAGAAGAAGAACACAGUAACGGUUCUGGGUCAGAGAGCGAGCAAGCGGAGAUCGGAAAUCCCAGAAGUGGUGAUGGAUCAUGGUCUCGCCGGAGAUUUAAACGACCGGCCGGAACUACUGCAGGCGGUCGAGAAAACAGAGGCAAACGACCUCGUUUGGCGGAGGAGGACAGUGAUACCUCGGCGGACUCAGAUCACCGGCGAGCGGGAAAAGGAAGCGGCAAAGGCAAAAGGGUCUGGAAGUGGACGGGAAGCGGCGCUUCAGGGUCCCGCCGCCGGCAAAAACGUCCCCAACCUAGUUACGGGAGGGACGACGAUCUGCGGAUCCGGCUGCUGGCGGCAAAGAUCGUGACGAUAACCCGGUUCUGGUGGAGCUUGAAGCACUUGUCUACAGAGAGCAAGAACGCGAUUCACAGAGCCAUCGAUCGCAGCAACCCAGGAAGACAUUCAGUACUGAUCGUCAUGAAGAAGACUCACAUUCAUCCAGGCAUAUUCAACAUACCUGCUAAAUUUGCCAAAAGGCACUUCCAUCAACAUUCAGAAGUGGUUACAAUGCGUGUCUACGAGCAGGACGAGGGAUUUGUGGGCGAAUGGUGCGUCUCUGCGGAAAGAAUUGAGCGUAAUCUCGUCAGUGUCAGAAGAGGGUGGAUUGAGUUUUGUGCAGACAAUCGUUUGGUGGAGGAAGAUGUGUGUUUGUUCGAUCUAGUUGAUCGGAAGGGAAAGAUUUUCGAUGUUCACAUUUUUAGGGCGGAAUGAAUGUGAAUAUUUAGUGGGCUUGUUGUAAUAGGUUUGUAUCUGUGUGCUAUCUUUUUUUUUUUUUCCUGUUUAAUUGAGAUGUUGGGUAUUUUUGUCGGAGUCUAGUUAUUCUGUUAAUUUGAAAAUUCGUUAGUAGAUACUAACUAAUAUUCAAAAUGUAUGAACUAAUAUCCAGGUCUGUUGAGUAUCUAGAUAACACAGACUAGUAUUAAAAACAUCACAAACUAGUAUACACAUAACAGAUACCAACUAAUAUUCACAAUCAAUCAACUAGUAUUCAAUAUGGAUACUCUUAUGUGUUAUCUAGAUACUAAUUAUGUGCUGUAUGGAUACUAUUCUGUGUUGUCUAGAUAUUAGUUUGUGAAUUUGGGAUAAUAGUUGAUUCAUGGUGGAUAUCAGUUAGCAAAAUUUGAAUACUAGUCUGUGCUCUCUAGAUACUUUAGUACUUGGAUACUAGUUCAUGUAUUUUGGAUAUCAGUUAGUAUUUGCUAAUGAAUCUUCAAGUUAGCA